AUGUCCGUCUCGACGGCGAACCCGGGCGACGAGAAGCGGUCGACGGAGCCGCCGGGCAUCUUGCGGGAUCCGGCCGUGACGCAGGCGCGCAAGUGGAACACGGAGAUCCCGAAUAUCUUGCCGCAUGAGAGGGUGUUCCCGAUUCAGAUUGGGAGUCAGUUGUUUAGGUUGAGCGGGGCGAGUAUAAGUUCGGAUGCACCCUCAUACUUCUCCCAGUUCUUCCGCUGCCAGCUGAAGCAGGCCGAGGAAAACGGCGAUGAUUCCAAUACCGUCCGCACCCUCUACAUCGAUCGCGAUCCCGUGACCUUUACGGAUAUCUCGUUGCAUCUACAGGGCUAUCAUGUUCAGCCUCGAGAUGGCAGUCAUUUCGUCAAGUUGUUCGCUGAUGCCCAAUUCUACUCCUUACCCCGGUUAAUCUCCCAGCUCUAUGAAGAGAGCAUCUUCAUCUCUAUUGGACACCGCGAUUUCCAGAUCCCCCGCGAGCUGUUCUCUGAUCCAGGAAAUAGCCCCAACUAUUUCUCUCUCGGCUUCGCCGUCUUCUUCAGCACACCGUCCGAGGUAUUUCCCGGCCUGGACCGCGAAGGACUCCUCCGUCCACCCUCCAUCUUACCACCAUCAGUCCCCAACCGGUCCGCCGACACCUUCAACGAGAUCCUCCAUCUUCUCCGCGGCUACCCUCUCCACAUCAGGGACGAAGACCACCGCGCCGAGCUCUUACGGGAUUGCCGAUAUUUCCACCUGAAAGGGCUCGAGCAAAAACUCAUCCGCCACCAGAUCUCCUUCAACCAGUCACGGCGCAAACACGAGAUCGCCAUCCGUCUCGAAGACGUGCGCCAAUCGGGUAUCUCCAUCGUCUGCGAGCCCUCCUCCUCCUCCUCCUCCACCUCCUCCUCUCCCAGCAGCACUUCCCAAGCCAGCAGCGGGCCCAUCGGCUGGGUAAACUACGCGCGACCCUUCGUCGACGAGAAGCCUCACGAGCUCGUUCUCGAGAUCGGCGACGAAGCAUCCCAUCUGCACCUGUCCACCAUGCGCGCCGAGUUCUUCGGCGACGCCAAGACGCGCAUCUCGCGGCUUCUAGAAGUCAUCGCUACGAAGCUGAACCUCUCGACAUCGCAACCUCUCGGUCUCCUGAUGAAGAGCGGCGGCGGCGCUACCAGCGCGCCCGCUAGUCCGGGAAACAGCGCGCUUAGCGAGGACCAUAUACGAGUCGUUCUUGACACGGAUGCUUAUGUGUUGCUCGAUGGGAAGGAAUGGCGACGGCGAAGAGAGUCGGAUGCAGUAGAAGAUCCGGACCAGCAGCCGAUGAAGAAGAGACAGCGUGUGAAUGAUGAUGUUGAUGUUGAUGAUGAUGAUGCGGGCUCUUGGAUCAUCCGCACGGGCCAAUGGAGAUUAAGAGUGCAAAUGGCCAGGAGUCGUGGGAGGCCUCCUCAUCCUCCCCCUCCUCCUGGGGUCGAGUGCGUGUUGGUAGCGGUGAAAUUGGAUGCGCUGUCGGGAGAACGGGCGAGGAACGCGAGGAGGAUGUUUUUGGCUGGGUAG